ACAAACAGUCCCGUUAAUGUUUAUUUAUUAUUAUAAUAAUAAAUCACACACCAGCAACUUGGUAAAAAAAAAGCUUCAAUAUUAACAGGAAUUACGAUUCCAGUUUAUAAUGUGUAUAUAGUAUAUAGACAUAGAACUGAAUUGAAUAUAUUGGCCCUAUUGUCACCGACAUCCAAUCCAGCUAUUUGAACCAGUAGCGGCCCCGAUAUCUGAUCAGGUAUCAGUAUAUUCUAGUUAGAAUUCCAACUUCUUGUUGCUUGGUUGAAUUUAGUUGGGUUCUGGAAAUAUAACUAAUAACUAUUUUCAGUAUCAAUUCAUGGAGCAAUUAUUUUUCUCGAUGAAGCAUUUAUAAAAUGUAAACAAAUAGUGACAAACACCCAUCAUAAGAUCCCAGAGCCCAUUGUGAUGUUUCGAAAUGUUGUUGUUUUGUCAGACCAACAUUCCAAAUCCCAAAGGUAAUCGGUUUACAAUCAGAAGACUAACAAAAUAUUCACAUUUGAGAAGUUGGAACUGUUGAAUUUCAGCUUUAAAAAAUACUUGAGCAAUUAAUUGAUUGAUAAUUGUCAUCAGUUUCUUUUCCGUCAAAGGACUAAUCACUUAUUAGGGCUGCCCCCUCUUAGUCGACUAAUCGGUCGUUUUGAUCUUAGUCGACUAAGAUUUCUUUAGUCGAUUAGUUAUUUGUUUUUGCUUUUUUCAUGCUGACUGACUAUUUCCAAGAAACCAAUGAGCACAUUUCUGGCUAUGAAUUCCCCUGAGUAUGGAGAAGUUUCAGAUGAAGCGAUGCUUGAGAAAGAACACAAGCAUGUCCAGGACUUUAAGGAGGAAUCGGAAGACUUUGCUAUUUGUGAGUCACCUGAAGGACUGGGAGGAGGGUCUCCUGGAGCCACUGAGGCUGUUAAACGGCCAUCUGCAGAGAUCGGCCCUUACACAAACCAGUCUUCCAGCAGCAAGAGAGCCAGAGUCUCUGGCGAGAUGAGGCGGCAUUUGAUGGAUGAGAGCAGCAGACUUGAGCCUCUUUGCCUCACCACAACUGGACAGAAGAGGAAUUACGUCCAGCAGAAGCCCAGAGUCUCCUACAGAAAGCCUCUCUUCAGCAUCUCCCACAGGAUCUCAGAGAAGAGGAACACACCGAGUCUGGAGCAGCAGGCCGGGAAUCAACUUAACUUCAGCAGCAUCCUCUCAUCAAAGCUCCAAAGUUCGGAGGAUAACGGCCCAUUGGAGACCCAUCCCGCCAUAGACGCUUUAGGGCAGGCGUCGGCGACGGACUCUAGCCUUUAUCCGCUGAUUGAGAAAAUGUUUCUCAUUCUCAAUACCCUCAAUUCGAGCAUGACACAGCUGCACAGCAAAGUGGACUUGUUAACCCUCGAAGUCAUGCGAAUAAAGAAGCAGAUCAAGCCGGCCGAGAUGCUGACGGAGUUCCAGCCUCCUCCUGAAUAUCUGCUAACAAGCGACGAAUUGAAUCAGCUGAUGGAGCAGACAUCCAGCGCCGGGGAGCUUGGGUGUCGGCUGCUGGUUCAUCUCUUCCCAGAGCUGUUCAAAGCCAGGGAGUGCUCUCAUGAAUGCAUGGCAAGCAAGAGAACGCUGGAGUCUCUGCACCUGCAGCUCAUCCGGAACUACGUUGAGGUAUGCUACCCUUCGGUCAAGAGCAACAGCGUCUGGCAGGAAGAAUGCCUCCUUCAGAUUAAUGACUUGUUUAAUCGCUUCUGGGCACAGAGGGACAUGGAGAGUGCUCGGCUGCUCAGGAAGCAGACAAUCACGGGUUCUGGGGUAAAGGCGGAGCAUCCUCAAACCUAUCGUUUCAUCAAUGAGCAAGGCCGGGAGGAGGACAUCUCUUUAGAUAACCAGCAGAGCGGUGUGGCUGCCUCAGACCUCCCUUUUAAUACACAAGCCACAGAGGAGCUGGAUGAGUUCUCCUCACCUGAGGACUUUAUUAUUUUCCUUAUGCACCGUCUCUUCCCUGAGGUUUUCGAAGAGGGGAAAAUGCCAGAAGGCUCCAGCCAUUUCAGUAGCGUUGGGCAGCUAAUUCUGGACUCCGACAAGAUGGAAAUAAUAAGAAAGUAUAUGGAAGCUAAUUUUCCUGAUGUGCCUGAGGACAGCUGGCUUCAGGUGUGCAUUCAGCACAUGGAGGAUGCACUCGAGGGUCCUCACAGUAACGGCAAUGGGAGCGAACCUGACAAUAUCAACGAUGAGGGCUAUGACCUGGCCAGCCUUCCUGAGGAUGUUUCUAUUAUUAGGGUUCCAGAGGGGAGUGAUUGUGAAAGGCCCGGUCGCAAGGCCAAAAAGUCAUUGCUUACACCUGUGGAUUUUGACAAUCUAGAGAUUCCUCUUCCUGACUUUACUGUUCCCCAGCAGUACCUCUUGUCCACAGAGCAGCUGAAGAACAACUAUGAAUGUAGCUUGUCCAUUGGGAACUUUGCUUCUCGGCUGCUGGUGCUCAUGUUCCCUGAACUCUUCACCCACGAGAACGCGCGGAAGCAGUACAACUGCAGCGGUUCUCUCGGUAAAAAGCAGCUCGACCCCAUUCGGGUAAAUCUGAUCCGUCAUUAUGUGCAGUUAGUCUACUCUCGGGCCAAGAACGACAGAGUGUGGAUGUUGGAAUUCGUGGGCAAGCUUGACGAGAGGUGCAGGAGACGUGACACGGAGCAGAGGAGAUCCUACCUGCAGCAACGCAAAGUGUACGGACAAGACACAGAGCAGGACUUUCUUUGCCAGCUGAACCAGCUCAAUCCAGAUAACAUGAGGGAGGAUCCAGACAUUCCCUCUUUACCUCCUGAGAAAAGUAGCAAAGACUUUUGUAAAAUUCCCCUGGACGAACUGACUGUAACCAAGCCUGAUUUCCCUGUACCGUCUAUCUACCUUCUCUCAGACACCGAGGUACGGGAAAUCGUCCAGCAGAGUCUCUCUGUUGGGAACUUCGCCGCCCGUUUGUUGGUACGCCUCUUCCCUGAGCUCUUCACUCAGGAGAACCUGCGGCUGCAGUACAACCAUUCAGGGGCCUGCAACAAGAAGCAGCUCGACCCCGUCCGCCUCAGAUUGAUCCGUCACUACGUGGAAGCGGUGUAUCCUGUGGAUAAGAUGGAGGAGGUGUGGCACUACGAAUGUGUGCCAAGCAUCGACGAGCGCUGCCGGCGCCCCAAUCGCAAGAAGUGCGACAUCCUUAAGAAGGCCAAGAGGUCAAGCACUGUGUCCUAGUUACAGUACUUUUCAGUUAGGCAAAUAAAAAAUAAUUGCACAGUAUAUAAGCUGAACCCGCAUUGAUGAACUUUUUCAACAUGUCCUAUGUAGGAUGAAGCCAAGCUGUUAAGAGUUUCUUCAGUACUAUCCGUAGUCCUAUUUUACCUUUUGACUACAGCAGUAGAUGUUGCAGUCUAUGUAGUGUUAUUAUUGUUGGAUAAAGAGUAAAAACUGCUUCUAUUUAUAGGCCAAAUCUGUCAUAGCUUAUCUAACAUACUUUGUUGUAGCCUUAAAAACAAUAACAAUGAUAGUAGCAUAUAGCAUAGGUCACAUAUUUGCUCUAUGGAUAGAAAUAUUAAUCACAAUGACGUGAUGUAUUUCCAUUGCAGUUACCGAUGUAGCAUUGUGCCACCACUGUUUCAAUAACAAUGUGCUUAUGUUAAGCCUUCUUAUAGAAGUUUAUAUUAUAAAGACAAUUUAACAUGACAAUGGAUCAUGAUAACCUAUUUCUAAUAAAAUCACAAUUAUAAAUAUGA